UUUUCCUAUAACCUAAUUAAUUAAAAUCUGAAUUUAACUUCAGAUUUUAAUUAACUCGCCUAGACCUAUUUUCCCUCCACUAAAAAUCUGAACCUAACUCUUCCCCACCCCUUUCCCUAGGCCGGCCACCCACCUUGCUCUUUUCUCUACAAUUUCCAAAGGAAGUCUCUUCCUUCUCUAGGGAAAAUUGCAAGGACAGCUAGGAGGCUUUCUUCUCCAUCUUCUACUUUCAUCGAAUCCAUGUAUGGCUGAUCCGGAGUUUGACUCCGGUUUCGCAUAUGACGACUAAGGCUUUGUGGAUCUUCUCAAAUUGACAUUCUUCGACGUGAAUCCAAACAUUGACGGAUCCAUAGAGAAGUCCGUCGACCGCUUAUUAUUCACCUUGACCGAGGCUAUUGAGGAACAACUAUCGGAUGUCACGUGGUGUAUCAAGACGGGUUCUCCUUGAUGGUAAUAGAAAUGAAGAAGGGUAUGCAUCCUCAGCUACAGUUUAUUUCCUAUGUGACACAGAGUGGAAGAUUGAUGCACAUUCUGAUGACAAAAUUAAAUCACGUUGGCAAGGUACAUCAUUUAAAGGCGAAACGCCAAAUAGCUGAGAACGUUGGCCAGAUUGCAAAGUUCAAGCGCCGGUACGAGCAAAAUACUGAGGAAACUAACGACAAGUGAACUAUCUUCUAAAAUGGGCUUAGCCAUGCCGUGCUUGGUUGCAUGCUGCUAGUUGUCAGCCCCAUUUUAUCCGAGAGAUUAUUUUGUGCCGGCACCGGAUAGGAAAAUCGUUCGGUUUUGUUUCUGUAAACAGUAAAAGUGCAUUGCAUUGAGCUGCAUUUUUAUUGUUCACAGAGACAAAUUAGACGAUUCCUCUCAGAAUAAUUCAUCCUUUUACCUGCAGUUUUUAUAAAGCCUUACUGGAUUUAUUGGCUGUGAUCUUUGUAUUUUUUUAUCCACAAAGAACCAUUUUACAUGCAUAAAAUUCCAAAAAAAGUUCUGAAAAGAGAAACGAUCUGGUACAAUCUAUUUUUUCUUUUGGGCAAGAUGCAAUCCUGUAAAAUAGCCUACUCUUCAUUCAAUGCACUGACAAUCAAGUUGGUGAUAAUUAUAUAGUAUGAUUCCAUCUAUUUGAGGUUUUGGCUUGAUAAAUCCCUUUUUCUCU